AUGCCCUGUUGUAAGCGUACCGAGGUCCGGAGGGUGUGCCGGCCGAUGCCGUCGCUCCUUUCUCGGCUCAACUGUACGCCGUGCAACCGCGUCCUGUUCUUCGUGAUCGGGGUGGGACUGGGCGUGCUCUUCGUGCGCAACAAGGACAACGCUGGCAAGGACAAGAAGAAGGACGAUGGCAAGGGCAAGGGCAAGAAGUAACAGCAGUCCAUCUCGGCCCGCGGGAUUUUAUUUAGCCGCCCAAUCCUGGCAGUCUUGAUCGAGAUCGCACUUCCUGGGUCACCUUCUUUCAAGUACCCAAUGCAGCCGGGCGUUGAGCGACCAAGACAAAUGCCAUUCGAUAAGUUUGUCCGCCGAAGAAUUAAGGAAUAAGAAAUUUCUCAGUCGAUAAAUUUAUCUAUAGAGCAAUUUGUCAAUCGAACAACUACCUACCACAUUCUAGACGGAUUUCUUCGAUUGAUCUAUUCUCUAUUCCUUUGUUGAAACAAUUGUAAAAUUGGUGCUGUACACUACAUUCCCUCCGGACUUUCCUCCGUUUAAAUGAGAAUGGAAAUGAUGCUAAGUAGAUAUUAAUUGGGGCUGUAUCAAUCCUAAUUACCCGUAAAAGCUUGGCCUGUAAAUGCUUGGGAGCUCAAAAGUAGCCAAUUCAUAUAGUUGACCUUCAAAACUACUUCAAAAAUGUAUUAAAUAAAAACUUUACAUCUGUA